AUGUUCUCAUCUGUCAGUCAAAUCGGCGCCACUUUUCGCUCGGAAUGGAACUUGGCGAAGGAUAAGGCGAACGCCCGUGUCCAGACUUCCAAAAUCAAAACUAAGGAGGCCAAAAACAACUCUUCCAAGGUGAAGAACUCGUCGACAACGACCGAUUGUUCUGUCGAGCUGCAGGCGGACAAAUAUCCAGAAGAUCAAAUUCAGAAAUUUCUUUUCUCUGUUUAUAAUAGAGUUAGCGCACAAUUGGAGGCAAAUAUCCGCUCAGUUAACAAAGUGAACCGAUUGACGGGAGACCGUUCCAUGCUCGAAAAUGACAUUUCGCUGGAAUACGAAAAUAAACCCGUAGUAACCGCGAUUGGCUCUGGAGCGACUGUAAUAUCUGUCUUUGGCGAUAGCCUUUGCUACUGGAAUCUUACGAGAAGUCCUGUGAAGAUAGACGUUCCUGACAGGGUUGUUCCAUGUCCAUCCGCACCGCGGGUGUUAAAGACAUGCCCGGCCUACCCAGAACUACUUGUGGUCGGAUUCAACAACGGCGACGUACGAGUUCUUGCCAACGACGAUUGGGGGAUCUGUCAGCACUGCCAUCGCUCCCCUGUACGAGCAAUUGACUGGUCAAAGAACAACGCGCAGUUGGUGCUCUCGGCAGACUUUGAUUCUGUCGUUGGUAUUUGGCGCUACUCGAAGUCGAGGCACAAGAUUGAACUGAAAUCGAAGAUCCGCACUGUCGACAACUUCGGUUGCCCAUUGGCCAUUUCUAUCGAGAACGAUUUCGUUCUCUUUGCUUACGACACUAACUUCUUGGCGAUGUUUCACUUCCCGGAGAAUCCACUCAAAGCAUCUAAGCCAAAGCUAGAAAUGAAGAAAGUCUUCAAACGGGGCUUUGAACUUCCCUUCUCUGCCCAUAUGUCUUUGAAUCUACGUUAUCUUCCUACGAUUCAAGAGCUGGCAGUAGCGGACGGAAACGGAAUCAUAAAGCUGUACGGGCCCCUGAAAGAUAAUCUCAAAGAACUGGAAAAAUACGACAGCGUCGCUUCGAUAGACAUCUUCGGCAAAAUAAUCGCAUUCAAAGACGAUAAAAUCGACAUUCUUCGCUACUGA